CAAUCACAUUUUUGCGUGUAAUCUAAGUUAUAUAUUUAUUGCAAUAUAAAAGAGAAUUAAGUAAGAAAUCUUCCAUAUUAACUAUGUAGAAUUGUUACUUGUGCAAGACUUCUUAAAUUUACAUGUAUGUUUUACACCACGAAAAGCGAAAAACUAAAAUGCAAGGGGUUAUUAGGUAAAAACUAUUUCCAAAGUCAAAGGGUGGAUUUCGUAUUUACUAAAAAUAAAAAAUCCAUGGAUCUGUUCGCUAAAUUUACUAAAAAUUCGUUGUAUUUGUUGGGGGAGAAAAUAAAAAAUCUCAAAAGGACAAGAAAAUCAAUGGCCUCUGUUCUCCACUCACCAACAUCACGAUUCUUCUACUCCACUAAAAACGGGAAGACAUCAAAGAGUUCGAGGAUCAAAAUCUUCGCAAGUUUUCGCAGCGGAGAUCACGACGACACGACUCUCAAAGCUGCUGUCAGCGCUGCUUCGAUUCGUUUCCAUGAGUCUCUUCGCUCAGAUCCCCUUUUCAUUGACCCAUAUGCUGGAUGCUUUCUUUCCUCUAUUUCAAGUCAAAAGGAAAUUAAAGAACAGUACCCUAUUACAACAUGUGCAUCAUCACCAUGCUACUACAGUUUGACGACAAAGUUCAUCGAUGAUAAGUUGUUGAGCCUGAUCACCAGCUCUGAUGAGCUUAAGCAGAUUGUUUUAUUGACAGAUGGUAUGGACACCCGUCCAUAUAGGCUGAGUUGGCCUCGCUCAUCGGUUAUAUAUGACAUAUCUCCUGGAAGAAUUUUCAAAGAAGCAUCUCAAAGGCUUGUAGGUGUUGGGGCAAAAAUUUCGAAAGGCUGUGUGUUGCUUCAUGUGCCUCUUGAGUCCUCUGAUAUACAGGAAGCUUUGAACAAGAAAGGUUUUAGUGGUAACAGGGCAAGCUUGUGGGUACUUCAGGGGCUGCCAUUGAUGACAUUGGCAGGCUUUGAGAAUGUACUAGCUACUGUCAGCAGCUUAGCAAUGGAAGGAUGUACUUUUAUGGGAGAAUUGCCUGGCUUCUUGCUAGGAGCCGAAAUGCGGAAAAUGGACACACAACGUGAAACACUGGAGAAGCUUUUUAUGAGCCAUGGCUUUCAAGUUGAUGUGGUUGAGCAUGAUGUGAUUGCAAGAAACUUGCACUUGGAUCUACCACCAGGAGAUUACAACGGCAUAUUUUACAUGGCAAGGCAGUUGCGAUUAUCUGAUUCCCAGAUGGACGCGUGGAGAGGACAUUUUGGGAGGCUAGAAGAAGAAGCCGAUGAAGAAGGAUUCGAGGAAAUGUAACAUGAACAUGAUACCUCUUCCAAGGGCCCUUUCAACCUUUCCUUCGUGUUAAUAAAAGCUUGAUGAAGAUGAUUUUGUCGCUGCUGCGAAUCCUUAUUAAUGUUUAUGAAGAGUUUACUGUGAAGGUUUGAUUCUCAAUUGUGUGCCUUAUACGUUCAAUUUUGGAAUGGUAUUUACGUUCAUGCAGUGAUGCAUGAUAGAAUUAUUCUACCAUAAGACAAUCAUUCUGCACAGCUCAAGUAUUGCUAACUUGUGUUAAGAAUCGAUUGCGAAUAAUUUUUUUA